UAUAAAAACCUUCAUCUCUUAAGAGACUUUCUUUCUAUACUUCUACGCUAUGGAGGAUUAGAAAUCAAACAUAUCUUAGAAGUAUACUUAAAAAUAGCAAUAAAAACAGAACAUCGCAUUUUAGGGUCGGACAGACCUACAGGAAGCUCUAAAUUAGUUGGAAGACAGAUUUUUUGUACAUGAUCUGCUGCUGUAUCCUUGGAGGAUGUUGUCAGAAGGUUACCUUUACAGAAUCACCUACCUUUGUGAAGAUCACUUCAACUCUGAGCUCUACAGAGAGAGAGCAGCAGAGGAAGUGACAUGUGAGAUGAGGUCCAUGUGCGGCUUCAAGCACUCUUCCACGGACGAAGCACAAGGAAAAAGUAUCUUUCAGAGAUGCAGAUCUGCUGGCAAAUUUAUUUCCUCAGUCCACUCUAAAGGCAGCAAACACAUCAGUAAGCAGAAAGAUAACCUCCCACAGCCUACUUCACACCCAGCAUCUGAGGGGCAGACACCUCCAGCUAUGGACAUCUGUGAAGGGCUGACGAGAAAAGAUGCCUACCUGGUUCCAUCUUCCUGUAAAAGCAUUUGCAAGAACUACAAUGAUUUGCACAUAGCUGGGGACUAUGUGAUGCCUAUUAGCUCAGUAGCAACAGAUUUUACCUGCGACAGCGGGAUAGGUCCCUUCUUGGAGUCCUCAGAGAUCCCAUCGCCCAUGGAGUCAAUGAGAGUUCCCCCCAGCGACAUCAGUCGCAAAGCAGCCCAAGGCUACUCAUCGUGCUGGCGAGCGGCAAGUUUAGUGCCACACCACCAGCCCCUCUCCGACUCGGCCCUGAACGACUACCUAGAACAGAAGCUGGUGGAGCUGUAUAAACAGUAUAUCAUGGAUAGCACAGUAAACAGGGCAUCCCCCACUCAGAUCCUGGCCUCUGAGCUUAUCAUGACUAACGUAGAUCAAAUCAGCAUGCAGAUAUCACGAGAGAGGAAUAUGGAGACCACCAAGGCCAAAGACAUUGUCAUUAGCCGCUUCUUACAAAUAGCCAGUGAAAAAAUAUCCUCAGAAAUUAGCACACCUAGCUUGCAUAUUUCCCAAUAUAGCAACACUAAUGCAUAGUAUUAGCAUGUUUGCAGAAUAUAAAAGCUUUCUAACUGCAAAGUCAAGUAUUAGAUUUUUCUCUGAAGACAUCUUGCUGCUUUGUAAAAAUGUUUUCAGGCUACCACUCAAUUUAAGCCUUCCAGUAAAUAUCAUUACUUAUUUAAUAUCUGUAUGGCACAGCCUAUACCAUGGAUCAGAAGAUUUACAGCUAAAAAGAAAGAAAAAUUUUUUUUGAAAGAGCUUCCAAAGGCUUUUUUCAGUGAGCCCCAAACAUUAAAAAGUUUUGGUAGAAGAAUAACUAAAAGCAUAUGAUACUCUAAGUGUUCAGGUAUUUUCUUUCUUCCCCAAGUGCUAGACAAUUCAUUUUUACUUUCCUCCUCUCUUUGGAAUCUGUCAUGUUGUCUGUGGGUCUGUGUGAACCAAAGACUUAUGCCUAUGCAAACACAGUCACAGCGAUUAUAGAGCCACAAAAAUGGUCCAUUUUCCUGCCCCCAAAGCGAACUCUGCUUAUGACAUCCCUGACAGAUGCUUUUAUAAUCUGUUCUUAGACAUAAGAAAUGAAAAACACUUUACAGCUUCCUCUGUAUUAACUACUUGUCCUAUUGGUGUCUUUCUAUUCAGAAACUACCAUCCCUUUUUGUGAUCUGAGUAACAUUUCUGUUUCCCAAUAGACUCCAUUAGCAACCGUGUGCAUGGAUUUAUGUGCAUCUGUGCAUUUUGCACUGAGCAGAAUUUCAACCAAGGAUGCUGGUGGCCUGCAAUCACAUACAAGCACCAUGUUUGCCAGCUUUUUGCAGACCUGCAGUUUUGGAACACAAGUCAAAAAGCAGGGCAAACUUAAUGAAAACUUACUCUUUGGGUUAAAAAUUGAAUAUUGAAUAACUAGCACAUACAAUAGCCUAUUUUAGGGCUUCUAAUAGAUUAGAUCAUGUAGGGAGAGAGAUAACAAAGGGGGAAGAAUUCAAUUCUGUUAAGAAAAUUCCAAAUUGAAAAC